AUGCUCAACAAGCGAUUCAGUCGCAUGGCCAUCUUUGGCUCUUGCUCCGUCAUAUUCUUGAUCCUCGUCUUUUGGAGCCGCAUCCACGGCAGCUAUGGCAUCUCCGAGUACUACUCCUUCUCUACUACGAGCUCCUUCUUCCCCGUUUCCAUCGAUCCCGCGGAAAAGACCACCGAAGAGCUAUGCGCCAGCUUUCCGAAGCACCUCCUGCAGACCAUCCAACCUGUCCUCAAGCUAGGUCACGCAGACGCCAAGGACAGAAUUGACGCUCAGUUUGACAGCGUCAGCGCUUGCUUUGGCAAGGAUGAGUUGCUUGUGUACUCGGAUCUGGACGAGGAGGUGCGAGGACACCAAGUCAUCGAUGUGCUGGCCGACCUGCCGGAGCUCUACUACCACGACAACCCCGAUUUUAUAAACUACAUUUGGCAGAAGGAGAUGCGCAGCAACGGGACACUCGAUGUGGACAGGGAGGCGACUGCGCGCAUCAAUGGUUGGAGGAUGGACAAGUUCAAGUUCCUGCCCAUGAUUGAGCGCGCAUGGAGGACCAAGCCCAACAAGGACUUUUACUUUUUCUUUGAGACAGACACAUACGUCUUUUGGGACAACGCCUUUCGAUUCCUCCAGACCUUCGAUCCCGAUGCGCCCCUCUACAUGGGCUCUCCCUCGCCGGGAACCCACGACGUCAAGCAGGAUAUCAAGACAUGGUUCGCAAACGGCGGACCUGGCUUUGUCCUCAGCCGCGGCGCCGUCAAGGCCCUCCUAGUGCGCAAAACGACACCCUACGGACAGUACAUUGAACCUCCGGCACCGGAAAAGUGGCUUCCCAUGCUUCGUGAUGAUUGCUGCGGCGACAGCGUCGUCGGCUGGGCGUUGUGGAACGUGAGUGUGCCGUUGCGGGGAUACUGGCCACUCUUCAACCCGCAUCCCCUGCAUAGCAUCCCGUUUAGCGACAAGUACUGGUGUCAGCCUGUUAUGACGUUGCACAAGACCCAGCCCAAGGACAUGGUGGAUGUCUGGAGAUGGGAGUUUGGCCAGAGGAAGCUUGGUCGGCCAUUGCUUUACUCGGAUGUUUGGAGGUUCCAUCACCCAGGUGAUCACAAGGUAGCCGACAACUGGGACAAUGGAAAGUGGGAUUUCUGGGUUGCUCCCCCUGAAGCAAAGAUUGACUCGUUUGACGCCUGCGGGUCAUACUGCAGCGACAACGACGAGUGUCUCCAGUUCAACUGGAGAGGAAGAGAUGAGCAGAAAUGCGUUCUCUCCAAAUCAUUUAGAGUCGGCGAUCCGAGACAACCGGAAAAGAUCAUCGAACCCGAGGUCAAGGACGACAAGGGCAACGUCAUUCCUCCACCUCCAGAUCGCAAAGAUCGAUGGGUUGACUUCAAGUCAGGGUGGAUGACGGAUAGGAUCGAGCAGUGGAGGAACAAGAGAAACUGCUCAGAGGUGCAAUGGGUAGGACCCAGCAUCAAGAGGAUUUUUUGA